AUGAAACAGUUCAACAGCUCUCUGAUCCGAGUCCGAGAAAGCGAUGGGCAGCUGAGUAUUGGGGAGAGGAUAGACCGGGAGCAGAUCUGCAAACAGUCACCCAGUUGUAUCCUGGCUCUGGACGUGGUCAGUUUCUCCAAGGAGCAGUUCAAGCUGAUCCAUGUGGAGGUGGAGGUGAGGGACAUCAAUGAUAACAGCCCCCAUUUCCCCAGCCAGGAGAUACCUGUGGAUGUGUCUGAGAGCGCAGCGGUGGGGACCAGGAUCCCCCUGGAGAUAGCCAUGGAUGAAGAUGUAGGCUCCAACUCCAUCCAGACCUUCCAGAUCUCCGUCAACAGCCACUUCAGCAUUGACGUCCAGACCAGGGCGGAUGGGGUGAAAUAUGCAGACUUGGUCCUGAUGAAGGAACUGGACAGGGAAAGCCAGUCUGCCUACUCCUUGGAGCUGGUGGCCAUGGAUGGGGGGAGCCCAUCCCGCUCUGGCAGUGCAGUGGUUAAUGUCCGGGUGCUGGACUUUAAUGACAACAGCCCGGUGUUUGAGAGGAGCGCUGUCACCGUGGACUUGAUGGAGGAUGCCCCUGUAGGGUUCCUCUUGCUGGAUCUCAAUGCUGCUGACCCCGAUGAAGGUGCCAAUGGAGAGAUCGUCUAUGGCUUCAGUCCUCAGGUGUCCCCAGAGGUACGUCAGCUUUUUAAGAUCGAUCCGAAAUCUGGCCGACUUACACUUGAAGGUCAGGUUGACUUUGAGACUAAGCAGACCUAUGAGUUUGAUGUGCAGGCUCAGGACUUGGGUCCGAACCCAUUGACGGCUACCUGUAAAGUCAUCGUGCAUGUGAUAGAUGUGAAUGACAAUGCCCCUGCCAUCACCAUCACCCCCCUGACCUCGAUCAGUGCGGGAGUAGCCUAUAUCACCGAAGCUGCAGCUAAGGACAGCUUUGUAGCGCUGAUCAGCACCACGGACAGGGACUCGGGAGCCAACGGCCAGGUCCACUGCACUCUCUAUGGGCACGAACACUUCAAGUUACAGCAAGCCUAUGAGGAUAGCUUCAUGAUCGUCACCACCUCCCCUCUAGAUCGAGAGAAGAUAGCCGAGUACAACCUGACCGUGGUGGCCGAGGAUCUGGGCUCUCCUCCCUUUAAAACCGUUAAACAAUACACCAUCAGGGUGAGCGAUGAGAAUGACAAUGCUCCUGUCUUCGCCAAGCCGGUCUAUGAAGUGUCCGUCAUGGAGAACAAUGCCCCCGGAGCCUACAUCACCACAGUGGUGGCCAGGGACCCCGAUCUUGGCCACAAUGGUAAAGUCAUCUACAGACUGGCAGACUCCGAAGUUAUGGGGGCUCCGAUCUCCACCUAUGUGUCUCUAGAUCCGGCCACCGGGGCUGUCUAUGCUCUGAGAACCUUCAACUAUGAGAUUCUCAAGAACUUGGACCUCAGGAUCCAGGCGAGCGAUGGAGGAUCUCCCCAGCUUACUAGCAGCGCUAUCAUCAAGGUCAGGAUAGUGGAUCAAAAUGAUAAUGCACCUGUGAUUGUCAGCCCUGCGCUGUCCAAUGGAUCUUCAGAGGUGGUCAUCCCAGCCAGAGCCCCUCAUGGCUUUCUGGUCACUCAAAUUAAAGCCAGAGAUGCAGAUGAAGGGGUUAAUGCUGAUCUCACUUUCAGCCUUUCAGAAGAAGGGAGAAAUCUGUUUACCAUCAACAAGCUUACAGGGGAGGUCUUCCUCACUGCAGAUGUCAGCGAUGACCUGGGGCAGGUGUUCAAGACCAUCAUCACAGUGACUGACAAUGGUAGACCACCUCUGGCUAAUACUGCUACUGUCAGUUUCUUGGUCACUGCUGCCACUCCUCCAGUCAAUCAUGAAGUCAUGCAGCCAAGUUCCUUGGAGGAGAAAGUUUCCCACUGGGACAUUCCCUUGAUUGUGAUCAUUGUCCUUGCUGGCAGUUGCACCCUGCUCCUAGCGGCCAUCAUCACUAUUGCUACUACAUGCAAUAAACGGAGGAAAGAGAACAAGGCUGGUAACAAGACUGAAAGAGACAUAUCUGAGUUAGAAAAAGCAGAUCCAGAUGAGGAGCUUAUUGAUAAUCAGAAAGCCAACCUCUUUGAUGCCAGACCUUUUCCCAAUGCCACCCCCUUCACUGGAACAGAAGCAGCAGUCACCCCAGAAGUGCCCAGCACUGAAGACACCUUUGGGACAUGUCUGUAUGACACCCAGAAGAGACUGAGGACCACUAACAGUGAGGUAAGAGGAUGGACUGGGUGCCUGGAAUGGCAGGGAAGGGUGGGGUGGUUGGGUGAAUCAGGCUUGUAA